AUGAGUAUAGCAAGUCCCAAACUCGCACCUGUCGUUCUUACCACUAACAACAAUGGCACGAAAAAUCAAUCGAACACAUCUCCAACGUCGAUGAAAAAAGACUUCAAUCAUCAUCAUACUAACAACAACAAUUCAACACGAACGUCAAAUGGCAAUGGUUCAAAAUCGAAUCAUAGCCAUAAGAAAGAUUCCAAUCAUGAUUCGCCAACGAAACGAAAAAGUCGGGUUAUACACAGUAGUGAAGAAUCCGACGAUGAUGAUAAACCAUUAGCGAAAAAAGCAGCGGCGGUAAUGAAUGGUCAGCAUUCUACGCCAUCUCUGCAUGCUAAGAAAGAUUCCACGCCAGUUUUCACUAUGAUUAAACCAGAAUCCACACCGGCAACGGAUUCUCCGAGAACGUCUAUUGUUAAGAAAGAAGCAACGACACCAAUGGUGAAGAAAGAACCGAAAGUAGAGACAACACCAGUUACUGUGAAACAAGAACCAACACCGCCGAAGAGAAAGAAUGCGAUUGUAGAUGAUGAUGAUGAUGAUGAUCUUCCAUUGGCGAAGAAAGCGAAAAAUCAAGCAGCUGCUAAACGUAAAUCGCAUUCCACGACGCCAGUAGUUGUGAAAAAAGAGAAGAAAUCAGAUAUUAAACCUUCUCCUUCGAACAAGAAACUUUCCAAAUCAGCAUCAACAACAAAUGUUAAAAAAGAAAAAGUCACGCCAACAUCAUCACCCACUAAAGAAACAACUAGCAAACGGAAAAAGAAAGAAGAGGAAGAAGAUGUAUGGCGAUGGUGGGAAGAAGAAAAGUACACCGAUGGGCGCAAAUGGACAACUCUUGAACAUCGUGGACCAUUAUUUCCACCUCCCUACGAAUCAUUACCACACAAUGUGAAGUUCUUCUAUAACGGUGCCGAAGUGAAAUUGAAAGAUCCCGCUGAAGAAAUCAUGACGUUUUAUGCUCGUAUGCUCGAUCAUGACUAUACGUCGAAGGAAGUUUUUAAUACGAAUUUUAUGGCUGAUUGGCGUAAAUCAAUGACUCAGGCGGAACGAGAACUGAUCAAAGAUGUCCGCAAAUGUGAUUUCACCCAAGUUGCAAGUUAUUUCAAAGACCAAACCGAGCAACGGAAAGCAAUGAGUAAAGAAGACAAGAAGAAAUUGAAAGAUGAAAAUGAGAAAAUACGUAAGGAAUAUGGUUAUUGUAUGUGGGACAAACAUCGACAACCCGUCGGAAACUAUAAAAUUGAACCACCUGGCCUCUUUCGUGGUCGAGGUGAACAUCCGAAAAUGGGUUGUGUGAAAAAACGUAUUCGACCCGAAGAUAUUAUCAUUAACAUUGGCCGCGAAGCACAAAUACCUAAGCCGCCUGAAGGACAUCAUUGGAAAGAAGUUCGACAUGAUAACAAAGUUUCAUGGUUGGUUAUGUGGACCGAAAAUAUCCGAGGAAAUAAUAAAUAUAUCAUGUUGAAUGCUUCGUCACGUGUCAAAGGUGAACGAGAUUGGCAAAAGUACGAAAAAGCUCGAAAACUUCAUCGAGUUAUUGAUACAAUACGUGAAAAUUAUCAAAUCGAUUGGAAAAGUAAAGAAAUGCGUAUACGACAGCGUGCAGUUGCACUUUAUUUUAUUGACAAACUUGCACUUCGUGUUGGCAACGAGAAAGAUGAAGACGAAGCAGAUACAGUCGGUUGUUGUUCGCUGCGAAUUGAACAUAUAAAAUUAUUCGAUAAAAUCGACGGAAUCGGAGAGAAUGUUGUCGAGUUUGAUUUUCUCGGCAAAGAUAGUAUCAGAUACACCAACAAAGUUUGUGUUGAACCACGUGUAUAUAAAAAUUUGAAAUUGUUCAUGGAGAACAAAGACGAUAACGAUGAAUUAUUUGAUCGUCUUCAAACGUCAAGUCUUAAUCAAUAUUUAAGUGAAUUAAUGGAAGGUUUAACAGCUAAAGUCUUUCGAACGUAUAACGCUUCGAAAACCUUACAAGAUGAACUGGAUUCCCUUACAGAACCUAAAGCAUCUGUACCGGAGAAGAUUCUUGCUUACAAUCGUGCUAAUCGUCAAGUCGCAUUACUUUGUAAUCAUCAACGUUCCGUUCCGAAGACGUUCGAAAAGAGCAUGGAGACUCUCAAAGCGAAAAUCGAUGCGAAGAAAGCGGAAAUUGAGGAACAAAAUGGUGAAUUUAAGAAAGCAAAGACGGAAUACAAAAAUACGAAAAGUCAGGCCUCGCAGAAGAAAAUGGAACAAGCGGAAAAGAAAGUUCAACGAUCAGAAGAAGCGCUGAAGAAGCUUGAAGUUCAAGCACUCGAUCGAGAAGAAAAUAAAGAUAUUGCUCUUGGGACAUCUAAAUUAAACUAUCUUGAUCCUCGAAUUAGCAUUGCAUGGUGUAAAAAAUGGGAUGUUCCAAUCGAAAAGAUCUAUUCAAAAACUCAACGUGACAAGUUUCGUUGGGCAAUCGAUAUGGCUACAGCUGAAUAUCAUUUCUAUAACUACGAAGGUGAAAUUGUUUUACGUAACGUCGAUGAAACUAAUAACGAAGAAGACGAUGAAGACCAACAGAAUUCAGAUGAUGAAUGA